AUGUCCAAAAACACCACCAACAAACCCGUCAUCGCCGUCGUAGGCGCAGGCCCAGGCAUCGGCGAAGCAGUAGCCCACCGCUUCGCAUCCGAAGGCUUCGUCGUCGCCCUCCUCGCGCGAACAGAAGAAGCGUUACAAACCAUGGCCGCGAACAUCAACAGCGACGUGGGGACCGGGACGGCGCACUACUACAUCACAGACCUGCGCAUCGAAGAUACAGUAACAUCAUCGUUCAAGCGCAUCCGCGAAGAGCUCGGCCCCGUCAACGUUCUUGUUUACAAUGCCGGCGCGCGCCGCGUAAACGGGCGUUCGCUCAUCGACACCACGUCGGAGGAAUUCGAGAACUUCACCAAGAUCAAUCUUUUCGGCGCGUUUUGGGCUAGCAAGCUCGUUAUCCCGGAUAUGCUUGCCGCAGGGAAGGGUACAAUCCUUUUCACCAGCGCGACAGGCGCGUUGCGCGGUAUGCCAGGCCUUGCGUCGUUCUCACCCGGGAAGUUUGGGCUGCGCUCGUUGUGCCAGGUCAUUACGCGCGAGUACCAGGCGAAGGGUAUUCACGCCGUUAAUAUCAUUGUCGAUGGGCCGGUUGAUGGAAAGUUGAUUGGGGGUGUGAUGAAGAGGCAGUGGGAGCGGACUGGGCAGACGGACAAAGCGGCGGACGUGGACAGCCAUCUUGUUCAACCGAGGGAUUUGGCGCAUACGUAUUGGUUUUUGCAUACGCAGCCGAGGAGUACGUGGACGCAGGAGUUGGAUGUUAGGGCUAUGAAGGAGACGUUGUUUACGAAGCUGUAG